AAAAAAAAAAAAAAAAAAAAAAAAAAAACACCAACACAACCACAACCAUGGCACCCGUCAUCUCCCUCCCCACGAGCACCUCAUCCCCCUCCGCCCUCCCCCCCAUCUACCUCCUCCACCACCUAACCCAACGCUCCACGCAAUCCCAAUCCCCGGGCACCGGCACCAUCGAGCCCAGCCACAUCAACAUGAAAGGCCUAAUGGCACUCUUCGCCAUUAUCGGCGCCGCCUUCGUCCUAGCCGCCAUCUGGUUCUUCUUCUGGGCGAAAAACGGGGGGUUCGUAUGGCGCAAAGGCGACUGGGAAGAAUACAAGUCCACCGUCCUACGACGCAAGGGGCCAGACGGCCGCACGCUCAGCAACGCCACGAAGAGCACGAAGCUGGGCGGAGGCAGCGUGUUCCACAAGGGAUAUACGGACUACGGGGGCGAUGAUGGGUACACGUAUGCGGACACGGCGACGACGAUGACCGAGAAGACGGGGGUGACUGGGGACGGCGCGGAGCGGAAGAAGCGACGCAAGUUGAGGGAGAAGUUCCGACGCAGGAGAAAGGACGAUGAGGCGACGACGAAUUGGGGCAGUGUGGUUGAUGAUGAUGUUGCUGCGUAUCGGAAGGAGAAGGCUGCGCGGGUGGGCGGCAUUAACCGUGAGCCCGAGGGCGAGGGGACCUACUAUGGCAGUGAUUAUGAUUUGUCGAAUCCGGCGAGUCAUUAUAAUCAGACGGAGCUGUCGGGUAGUCAGGUUAGGGAUUAUGCGUAUGAUCCUGUGCCGGAGAGGACGAAGACUCGGGCAAAGGAGGAGGCUCCGACGAGGGCGUCAUCCCGCAGGCCGGAUCGCAGGCAGAGCAAGAGGAGAGAUUUUUCGUUUGUGCCGGGCAGCGAGGAGUUGUUGAGCCAGGCGCCGGAUCGCGAGAGGGAGAGAGAAAGAGAGAGAGAAAGAGAACGCGAGCAGUCGGCCAGAAGACAUAAUCGGCGUCGCGAGAGGAGGAGAAACGCCCCGCCUACCGAGUCGUCGGGCUCCCGGACCAGCAGUCCCCGGAAGAGAGAGAGACCGUCCGUCAAGGGCCAUUACACCGAGCCGUUGGAUUUCUCCUCUUCCGCGCCGUCCAGAUCUGAGUAUCAGUAUUCGAAUGUCGAGACCGAGGAUUCCGGCACCAAGAGCUACCAUCAUCCUAUUCCGGGGCUGAGCAAGGGGUAUCGUCGGGAGGGGGGACGGGGGCGUCGUCGCGAUAGUCUGAGUGAGAGUGAUUAAGGGUCUUGGGUAUGUAUGGGGGAUGAUAUGGAUGUACAUAAUACUUGCGCUUUGUUUUGCUUUUCGGCUGUUUAUUCGGGACGAAGAUACGGAUAUGAUGAUAUGGACAUGGGCAUGGAUAUGGAUACGGAGAUGGACAUGCACGUCGACACAGAAUGCUAAUGAGGUAGGCGUGCAGGAGUCGACAAUUAUGGAUGGGAUAUGAAAUGGAUACGACUAUGAACGAACGGAACAGGGUACUGGAAUCAAUCAUGGGUAUUAGUGAAGCUAGCCAUCUUAUCUGAAAUGAAUUGACUGCGUG